UUCCAUUGAAAUUGAAAUGUUUGUUUAUCAGCCAGGAGCUAUUCUCGUCUGUAACCUUUCAUCCCCUGAGAAAUCUUAGAGAAUUUCUGUCGCUGACGUUCGCGUCAUCAAAUAUUCUGCGCACGAUUAAGGUGUCUGGCUCUUCCUCGCGAUCGGGGGUUAGGAUAGAUUGAGUUGGCCUGGGUGGAACUUCCAUCCAGCAGAGUAAAUGAGUGAAGUGCCUGUAGUGAAAGUGAAUGUGGUGUGAAUUUCGGGGCUUUCUGCUCAAUUACCAAACUCAAAUGUUCAACAAAGAAUAAACAAGACAUUUCAGAAGGAUUACUGCUAUAAUCAGCUCACCCUGUGCUGCACGAUUCUGUUGUAAUGGACACACACAGCCGGAAGCAAGCCUUUCAUUGCACCUGUACUACAUUGUACUUGUGCACAGCAGAAUAAACUCGAUUUGACUUGUCUGCGGAAGUCAGUGUUGCCCUGUUAAAUGCCAUGGGGAGUAGACAAUCACAGCAUCUGGUUGAGCAGAAGACUGGACUUUAGCCUGUGCCUUUGAGUACUGGUUGGUGCAGGCUGUCUGGAUUUACCAGCCUGUCACGAUUCAUAAGAAUGGCAAACCCUAUCCAGUGGGCACGUUACAGAUGGCAGAGGCUGCUCUCUACAGAUAGGAGGAAUAAUACGUACACUUCAUCGUCAUUCUCUGGAUGGUUUAAAACAUCUCGAUCGCAGAAAACGGGUCACAAGCAUCGAAUAGUAAUUCCUUGCCUUGGUAUAUUCACUGAAGAAUAUGAAAAGGUCAUCAAAAAUUACAUGACCAAUAGGAUUCAAACAACAAAGUAUACUUUGCUGAACUUUAUUCCAAUGAAUUUAUUUGAACAGUUUCGCAGAGCUGCAAAUCUUUACUUCCUGUUUCUGGUGAUUCUGAAUUGGAUGCCAUCAGUGGAAGCAUUUCAAAAGGAGAUAACGAUGUUGCCGUUGGUGGUGGUUCUUGCAAUUAUAGCAGUUAAAGAUGGGAUUGAAGACUACCAGCGCUACAAAUUUGAUAAACAAAUAAACAACCGAACAACUAAAGUGUAUGACAAGCAAGCAAAAAAGUAUCAUUGGAAAUGCUGGAAGGAUGUUCGUGUAGGAGACUUUAUUCGAUUAACUUGCAAUGAGAUCAUCCCAGCAGAUAUGGUGUUGCUGUACUCCACUGAUGCUGCUGGGAUCUGCCACAUUGAAACCUCCAAUCUGGAUGGAGAGACAAACUUGAAGCAGAGACAGGUGGUGAAAGGAUUCAUGGAGCUGAACUCUGAAGCUGAUCCUGAGAGAUUCACCAGCAGAAUUGAAUGUGAAGGUCCAAACAAUGAUCUAAGCAAAUUCAAAGGCUAUAUGGAGCACUUGAAUAAAGAGCGGGUUGCACUUAGUAAAGAAAAUCUCUUGCUUCGAGGUUGUACCAUUAGGAACACGGAGGCUGUUGCAGGGAUUAUAGUUUAUGCAGGGCAUGAAACAAAAGCAAUGAUGAAUAAUAGUGGUCCACGCUAUAAACGCAGCAAACUAGAAAGGCAACUUAAUAAAGAUGUUCUUUGGUGUGUGGCACUGCUGUUGGUUAUGUGCCUUAUUGGAGUAUUUGGUCAUUGGAUUUGGCUAAACAGCUACUCACAGAUCCCUAUUUUUAGCAUUCCUCGGCCAAAUGGAGAAUACACUCCUCCAGCACUGGCAGCAUUCUACAUGUUCUGGACCAUGAUCAUUUUGUUGCAGGUGCUGAUACCAAUUUCCUUGUACGUGUCGAUUGAAAUUGUCAAGCUGGGCCAAAUACUUCUCCUUCAGAGUGAUAUUGACUUGUACAAUGAAAGCUCAGAUUCAGCCAUCCAAUGCCGAGCCUUAAAUAUCACUGAAGAUCUGGGACAGAUUGAAUACGUUUUCUCAGAUAAGACUGGAACACUAACAGAAAAUAAAAUGAUCUUCUGCAGGUGCACCAUUGCUGGAGUUGAGUAUUCCCAUGAGGAAAAUGCAAAAAGACUGGCGUUAUAUCAGGAUGUUAACUCGGAAGAUUUAUCCAAUCAUUCACUGGCAUCUGAAUGUAAGUGUCAACAUUCUGACAGCGGCCAAUCUCUCACUGUGCUACGGAGCCAUAAUUCAUUGAAUUGUUUAGCUACUAAUCGCUUGACACCAAAGGACAAGGGUACUUCUGAAGAUGAAGGUGAAAUUACUCCAAGUGCUUCUCAAGUGGCAUUCAGCAGCUCAAUUGAAAGGGAUGUUACACCAGAUUCUCAGCUUCAACAGAAAUUGGAACAAAUCAUGUCUCACCCACUUGACUUGUUGGAAGAGACAGAAAAAGAGCUCUCCCUGGAAUUCACCUACAUCGUUGACUUCUUUCUUGCUUUGACGAUCUGUAAUACAGUUGUUGUGUCAUGUCUUAAUCAGCCAGGGCAGCGGGUAAGAGUACCUUCAGUCACCAAUACUCCAAUGAAGUCCUUGGAGGAGAUAAGGCAAAUGUUCCAAAGAUUGUCAGUACCUCGCAUGAGCUUACCUUCCCUUGCAAGUGGAAAAGAUGGUUCUUCCGAAAAUCCAAGUACUUUUGCUAGUAGAUUACUGAGUAGAGUGAAGUCGGCUUCACCCAGUGCAGUCAAGAAACAAAACGAAGCUGCUGCUAGAUCAGCCAAGGAUUUCAAAGCCACUAGUGAUCAAUCUCCAGCCGAGAAAUGUGCCCUCAAUGUGCCAGAAGAGUUUGAUAAAACUGCAGGCAGUUUAUCUACGGACCCAGGCACACCUGCAGAGCAAUGCAAUAAUUCUAAAUUGCGCUAUGAGGCUGAGAGCCCAGAUGAAGCUGCACUGGUACAUGCAGCGCAGGCCUACAACUGCACUUUAGUAUCCAGGACUUCUGAUCAAGUCACGGUGGAACUUAAGAACAUUGGACAACUACAGUUUAAACUCUUGCACACCUUACCAUUCGACUCAAUUAGAAAGAGGAUGUCUGUAGUAGUGCGACAUCCAUUGACUAAUAAAAUAGUUGUUUAUACAAAGGGUGCUGAUUCAAGCAUAAUGGAUCUUUUGGACAAUUCAGGUAAUGAUUCAGGACACAGACAUCAGAAAGGCAUUCGGGAAAAGACACAGAAUUACUUAGAUAAAUAUGCCAAGGAGGGUCUCCGUACUCUUUGCAUUGCUAAGAAGGUAAUGAAUGAUGCUGAAUAUGCAGAAUGGCAAAAAUUUCAUCUCUCAGCGGAGACAAGUAUUGACAACCAAGAGGAGCUCCUACUUGAAUCAGCUCUGAAACUUGAAACUAACCUUACUCUGCUAGGUGCUACUGGCAUUGUAGAUCGCUUGCAAGAAGGUGUCCCUGACACAAUUAUGGCUCUUCGAAAGGCAAGCAUCAAGACAUGGGUCCUCACUGGAGACAAAGAGGAAACUGCUGUUAACAUUGCUUAUGCUUGUAAACUCCUGGAUCAAAAAGACAACAUUUUCACUCUUAAUGCACAGAACAAGGAGGCAUGUGCCCACUUGAUAAAUAAAAUCAUGGCAGAAAUCACAGAGCAACCCGCUGAUGAAAAAGACACACCUGAUACUAGCUUUCUUCCAUGCUCUUCAUUUGACGGGAUUGAAUCUCAUGUCGCUCUGGUAAUUGAUGGAAAGACUUUAGAAUUUAUAUUGCAUGAGAGUCUGCAAGAUGCAUUUCUGGAACUUAUUAAAAGAUGCCGUGCUGUUAUAUGCUGCAGAUCGACACCAUUGCAGAAGAGCAAGGUGGUCCAUCUGGUGCGGGAUAAGCUGAAAGUCAUGACUCUAGCAAUAGGUGAUGGUGCCAAUGAUGUUAGUAUGAUUCAGGUAGCUGAUGUUGGAAUAGGAAUCUCUGGUCAGGAAGGAAUGCAGGCAGUAAUGUCCAGUGACUUUGCAAUUUCUCGAUUUAAGCAUUUAAAGAAAUUGCUGCUUGUUCAUGGUCACUGGUGCUACAUCCGUCUUGCAAAUAUGAUCAUUUACUUCUUCUAUAAGAACGUGGCUUACGUAAAUCUCCUGUUUUGGUACCAGUUCUUCUGUGGAUUCUCUGGUACCUCUAUGAUUGAUUAUUGGAUUCUCAUCUUCUUCAAUCUUCUCUUCACCUCUGUUCCACCAAUUGUCUAUGGUAUCCUGGAUAAAGAUGUUUCUGCAGAAACGUUGCUCCAACUCCCAGAACUUUACACAAGUGGCCAACGCUCUGAGGCCUACUUACCAUCAAUAUUUUGGAUCUCUAUUCUGGAUGCUUUUUAUCAAAGUUUCGUUUGCUUCUUUGUUCCAUAUUUUGCUUACUCUGGAUCAGAUGUGGAUAUCUAUACAUUUGGAACACCGAUCAACACUACAAUGUUGUUCAUAAUAUUUUUGCACUUAAUAAUAGAAGGCAAGACUUGGACUUGGAUUCAUUGGACUGUAAUGUUUGGCAGUCUUCUUUUUUAUUUCGUGUUUGCGUUAAUCUUUAGUGGAACUUGUGUUAACUGCAACCCUCCGUCAAAUCCAUACUGGAUCAUGGAAUAUCAACUGGCACAACCACUCUUCUACCUGGUCUGCAUCCUUUCGACAUUGGUAGCUUUGUUGCCCAGGUGGUACUUCCGGGUUUUCCAGGGAACGGUAUUCCCAUCGCCAUUGCUCAAGGCUCGUCAGUUGGACAGGUUGAGAGAUAAAGCACAGAAAGGCUUAACCCAGGUGUGCAGGACAUCAAGCCAGAGUGUACCGCACCAAUUGUAGAGGUCCUGAGCACCACCAGCUCCCUUGGCAACAUAAUCUUUUCAACAAAAGAAGCUGCUCAGUGGUGAUAACUUUCUGUAAUAUUUCAGGAGCCAUAACAGUAGUAGCUCUGAUUUCAUUGAAUGAAAUAACAAAAGAAUGUAACAACAUAUUUGGCCAGAGGCUGAAUGUUUUACUUAAAGAAGGAAAGACUCUGCCUUUCUUCAAUAGUUGCAUAUGGGAUAUGCUGUCCUUAAUGGGCUGGAUGCACCCAUGACUUGAGGUGAGAACAACCAAGGAAAUGCUUUACAAUCUAAAAAUGCAAAACCUUCCACUCCAGUCUGAGGUAAGACUGAUGAGUUAUCAGAAUUCCCUCUAUCUAUGUGGUUCCAUUAUCCACUUGGAACAUGUAGAGGUUAAAAAAAAUUGGUUAUUUCCUUCUGUAGGUGAAGGAGUAAAUGCUUUUGCCAGUAUUUGCGCUACCUACCAUUUUCUUUGGAAACUAACCUGAGUUGCCAUGCUGAGGGGCACUCUCUGAAAUAAUACUCCUUAUAGAGAGAAAUAGGGUGCCCCAUAGAAUCCACACCAAUGCCCACAGUUCCUUGAAGAGUAAGCUCCUGAAGUCAAUCAUGUCACUAAGGGUGGUUGCAAUGUGGAGUGUAGGACUUGCCCACAAGACAAAUGGCAAUUCUUUGUCUCCUUUUAGACUAACAAGGAAUGUAGCUCUGAACUCCAGCUUCCUGCCUUCCAGGCAGCAGCAACUCAAAAGGACAAAUUCAGUGAGACAGCCUUGGGUCAAACUUUUGGUGUUCAUCUAAACAGUGUGUAAUUCAUUAUCAUCUGUUAUUACUGCUAAUAACAUAACUUCUCAAUGCCAAAUUGGGUCUUUUUACUGAAUCCAAUGCAAAACAAAUGAUGGUCCCUUUAUGAUGGCAUGUGCCAAGAAUUUUGUCUAUUUUUUUCAAUUUAAGUCUGUCAAGUACUGAAUUAAAUGGACCACUGUUGCCUGGAAUUUUAUCAAAAUUUAUGCCAUUAUCUCCAUAACUCAAAUUGGACACAAACAUUUAAUGAAACUCAAGCAAAAGUGACUCAUGUCUCUAUCUUUUAUAUCUUUUCUGCAGAGCAUUGAUUGCCUACUUAAAUUGGUUCAACCUACAUGCAAAUAUUUAUGCCAAUUCAACACAAAAUAGACUCAAAAUGAUUCAAUAAUACAUUUCAGGUGUUUUCUUUUAAUAAUGUUUCAAGAGGUUUUUUUAAAUCUAUGACUAGUCUCCACAUCGUUUAAUACAUCAAAUUGAUUUAUAUUAAAACUGAAAUAUUUCAUGAAUAUUUCUUUUCAAAACAUUAAAAUGUAAUAAUAACUUGAUAGCUUCUUGCUUCAAAUCUCAUGUAAUAAGGGCUUUAAAGAAGGAAUUAUUUAUUCCAGCUCUGUUUUAAUACAAAAUUUCGCAUUCUGGGAUUUGCUAAUUAAAUUCCUAGGAAAUGUAGAAGUGAUGUGUGCCUGGAAAGGUCAGUGUUAAUUUUGCUGGUCACAACCUUUCAGGAAAUCCUUGUCCAACUUUUAUUUGCAUCAUUAAAAAAAAGUUUAAUUCCACAAGCUGCCACUGUUUUUAAAAAAAUUUUUGGCAAGGUUAAAUUAUCUUCCAACAUUGUGUCUCCAACUUUCUGUGGUUGGCCCCCAAUAAUUGUAAAGGUUACUGAUUGUGUCUCUAGCUUCCAAACCUUGUGAAGUGGAUUGUAGUGUUGCAGGAAUGCCAGGAAAUGAAUUUGCCUCUCUUGAGAUACUCCAUGAUUAGUAGCAUAAGUUUCCCAUGA